AUGGGUAACUCGAAGAGUAAAAAAGUGAAAAUUAGUGAUGAACAGGCGCAAAAUGUCCAGAAAAAUACAGAACAAAAUAAUGAAAGAAUAAAUUCGUUGAAAACUGAAAUUCCUGAUUCGUCAAUGAACAAGCUUGGAGAAUAUGAAAGUGGAGAGAAUAAGGAUCGUGAUAAUGCAAGCAGUGCUUCCACAGUGGAAGUACUCGACGACAAGUGA